AUGUCCACGUUCCAGAUAUUAUCGGAUUUACAUCUAGAGAAUCCUUCUGCCUACGAUGUGUUCAAGAUCUCCCCCAAAGCGCCAUACCUUGCCCUCCUUGGUGACAUAGGAGUUGUCAAGGACUCAGGCUUCAUCACAUUCAUCGAAACCCAGUUGCGCCAAUUCCAAAUAGUUUUCUUCCUGCUAGGGAACCAUGAGCCGUAUUUUUCGAACUGGGAGGAGACAAAGCAAGUCCUCCAUCAGUUCUCGGCGUCUGUUGAUCGUCGGCGUUCAACAGAACAAGAUGGACAUACAGAAACUAUGGGUUCUUUCGUCUUCUUGGAUCAGACUCGCUACGAUAUCUCACCAGACGUGACUGUCCUAGGGUGCACACUCUUCUCGCGAGUGAGCGAGGCCCAUAAGGAGCACGUCAGCUAUGGUCUUAAUGACUUUUACCACAUAAAGGACUGGACGGUUGACGACCACACAGCUGCUCACAAAGCAGAUUUGGGCUGGUUAAAUGGACAGGUUUCUCAUAUCACUACCUCUGAGCCUCAUCGCAAGAUCGUGGUUUUUACGCACCAUAGCCCAGUUACUCAAGAUCGGCGGGCACUUGAUCCAAGGCAUGAAAACAGCCCGCUGUCAUCGGGCUUUGCCAGCGAUCUCUCGGGCCAGGAGGCUUGGAAGAGUCCGCUAGUAAAAUUAUGGGCAUUUGGCCAUACGCACUUCAAUGUCAGUUACAUUGAGGAGGGUACCGACAAGAUGGUGGUCAGUAAUCAGCGCGGCUAUUACUUUUCUCAGGCACAGGGAUUUGACGGCAAGCUAGUAGUUAAACUAUGA